AUGGGACGCGGGGCGGUUUUUAUUUGUGCUUUUAUUUUGUGGCAAAGCGUAGACGCGGCAUUUAAGGACUUUGUCGUGGAUGGCGAGCAAGAGAAUAUUGAUAAUGUACCAAACACUUUUAAUGCACCUGACGAGCUCUGUCCGGCCUACAUCGACCAUCCCGAUGGCGACAGUUCGGCUGAACUUCAUGUAUCCUUUCACGAUGUUGAGCAGGAUGGCGUCGUAAAUACUAAUUUGCUGGUUCAAGCACUAAUGCAACAUGUACGGAAGCUGGGGCUCGAGCUAUCGCACUUAUCGGAGGAAGAUUUGAAUGAAUACGGCGCAAAUUGGAGCGGUGAUGAAAGGCAACAAUGCUAUGAAGAUGAUGAGCUCAGUUAUGAAGCAGAGAAGCCCGGCUGGCCACAAGUUAUUGGCUUCUAG